GAGCCAGCAAGAGUGAGGCCCGGAGACUUGUUUUCAUCCGGUCCGGAGGGGAAGCUUGUUUUCGGUGGAGUGCAUGUCACGGAGAGGCCGGGAUCGCUUUGUCCCUUGCUGCCAGAGACAAACUGCCGCUUGUCUUGUGUUUCAUGAGAGAUAGACAGAAGAUCAUCCCCAGCCUUAGCUGGGGGCGGGGGGGGUUGUGACCAAGGGCCCGAUCCAAAGCCUGGGGAAAUGAAUGGGGAGCCUUUCCAUCAACUUCAGCGGCCUCAGGAUCAGGCCCCAGCCAAAAUGAGGCAGAGCAGGCAGGCCUCUCACCGUCCCCGAUGCCUGACGAUAGCAGAUGUGUCCACUAGCCAUGGAAGGAGCCAGGAGCCGCCUCUUCCAAUGAACCCAACGGCAAGUUUGGUCUUUCCGUUCCUCUCCCGUCCAACAAUGGGACGUUUGUGAUGGAGACGGGACCGGGUUUUUGCGAGCGUGCGUCAUGCCAGAUGCGUAACGGGGUGCUGAGUCACCCCUGUGCCAGCAGUCUGGCCCGGGCGGGCGUGCAGCAGCAGGUGGUGGAGGAGAGCUCUCAAAGGAUUGCUUUGUCUUUUUCACGGCUCGGUUUGGAGGGGUACGGUGGGCUGGCAGAGGAUUUCCCUGUGAACGUACAAGCCCCGGUGUCAGAAGUGGCCGGAGACCCUCUGGGAGCUCGACCGAGCACGUUCCUGGCCCCACAGCUAAGUAUGCACCAGCUGCUGCUGCUGGCUUCAGUCUGCCUCUCUUCUCUGCCAGCUGCUUUAAGUAUUUACCAGAAGGCAACCGGGGGUCCAGCCCCCACCCCGCGCCUGCAGUACCUGCUGGAGCCCCUCCAUGAGGUGGUGCACACCCAGCGCGGCGCCAUGGUCACCCUGCCCUGCGUCCUGCGGGCGCGACCCCCCCACUACAAGGUGAAAUGGAGCAAGGUGGAGCCGGCCGAGCUGCUGGAGAACGUCAUCCUGGUCACCAACGGGGCCCAGCACAAGACCUACGGGCAGCUGGGCGGGCGGGCCCGGCUGCGGCGCGGCCACCGCAACGACGCCUCCCUCACCAUCGCCGGGGUGGCGCUGGAGGACGAGGGGCGCUACCGCUGCCAGCUGGUCAACGGGCUGGAAGACGAGAGCCUGUCGCUGACGCUGAUGCUGGACGGUGUCGUCUUCCCCUACCAGACCAGCCAGGGGCGCUACAGAUUCAACUACUUUGAGGCUAAGCAGGCCUGUGAGGAGCAGGACUCCAGGCUGGCCACUUAUCAGCAGCUCUACAAAGCAUGGACCGAAGGGUUGGACUGGUGUAACGCAGGCUGGAUUCUUGACGGGACCGUCCACUACCCCAUUAUUAACCCCCGAGAGCCUUGCGGGGGGCGGCUUCUCCUCCCAGGAGUUCGGACCUAUGGGGCCAAGGACAAGCAGAAGGACCGGUUUGACGCAUUCUGCUUCACCUCCGCUGUGAGGGGCCAGGUCUAUUUCCUCCGGGGCCACCUGAGCUUCAAAGAGGCGGGGCAGGCUUGCCGCAACCAAGGGGCCACCAUUGCCAAGGUCGGGCAGCUCUACUCCGCCUGGAAGUUCUCCCAGCUGGACCGUUGCGACGGGGGCUGGCUGGCGGACGGCAGCGUCCGCUACCCCAUCACCACCCCUCGCACCCGCUGCGGGGGCCUUCCGGACCCCGGCGUCCGGAGCUUCGGCUUUCCCAACAAGGAGCAGAGGACGUACGGGACCUACUGCUUCUCGGUGAAAUAGGGAUGGCGCGGGGUGAUGAUGGGACGCCGGGUAGGGGACGGCAGCUCUGCUCUUCACUGGUUUCCAGCUGCCUGUGCCUUUCAAGGGUCAUGAGAUCCAUCUCCCAUGCGUAUUUCUCUUUCCCAGUGGGUCUCAGGCUGGUUUCCAGCAGCACAUAACGCUCGCUUGGCCCAUCCUCUCAUCGUCAGCCUUAGCAGAGAGACCAAGGACUGGGCGGGCCAUGGAGACCAGAAUCCUGUCUCAUGUCUAGACAUGGUUCCUCCAGGAGCGCUGGCAGGGAGAGGCCGAUAGGCUGCUUGCCCUGUUCUGUGAACAGAGGAAUCUGUUCUCUGGAGCGGUGAAUCUGACACAAAAUUCCCCUGGGCCGAUUUGGACCCUCUACCCAGGGGUGAAUUCCACCCUUUCGACACAGAGAGCAAGCGACAAUGGAAAUAGCAAAGCCCCCAACCUCAGAACAUCUCUGGUCUUCUCAGGGCUUUUGCUCUCCUAGGUUUUGGCUCCUGAUGUUUGUUAGCUGCCAUCUGGAGCAGGGGGUUGUCAGGAGAAGACAGAAUCCAUGGGACACAGUAAAAAUCCAGUGUCCUGCUCCCACGAGGUCGCUGGACCCUCCGAGGAAUAACCAGUAGCUGUAGAUUUUUUUUGGUUUAGUUUAAAGCUAAUGAAGAAAUGGUAUUUUGUAUCCAUUACUCACCUAUUUUCAACAGGGGAUGGGUGCCCCUGGAGAUAAAAAAACUUCCUGACUCUCUGUAUACUUACUCAUGCUUGUGGAAAUUCACAGUGAUAGCAGGGUCACAACUCAGAUCCCUCUGCUCUGCAAAGCACAGGUCCCUUUCCACUUGAGCUAAAGAAGCAUCUCCUUAAUUAGCAGCACUAUAGGGGCUAUGAUGCACAGUUGAGCCAUUCUGAUUCCAUUCCAACAGAGGGCAGCAGUGCACACAAGCCCCCAGCCAGCUCACUACCCUGUGCUUGUGAAGGUCUGUUUUUUAAUCCCAACACCCGCCAGGCUCCCCCCAUGAAGAAGCCGUUCAGUGUCAAUAUGUGAAAGGCUGGAAAGUAAAGAGUUUGACUAACUGAGUUUAUUCAUGUAAAUUAAUAAAAUGAUGGUAAACCCACCCAAAAAUAGCA